AUGAAUGCUGGAGGUAAUGAUAAGGUGACUUUGCUCGAACAACGCCUAGAUAGUGUCGAAAGUGAACUCAGAGCGGAGAUCCAAGCACUUCAGAGGACAAUUGAGCUAGUCCGACCUGUCAUCCCAUCAAAGGUCGUCCAGGAAAGUAACGGUGAUGACAGUGACCUCGUAUCAAGGCACAUUGUCACCGAGGAGCAAUGGCACGAUCUGCGAACAUUUUUUGACGAGAAUUGCACCUCCGUCAUUGCUUUUAUGGAUGACCAGCUAUACCCAGCUGGUGAUACUGUCAGAAGACAUGUCCUGUUGUCCACGGUAAUAUGUCUUGUUGCUUCUCGGGCCAUUAUGCCUGAAAAAUAUCAGCUACUCCUCGAAGAAGCCGAUGAUAUCGUCAAGAGAACGUUUCAAGGACCCACCCCUGAUCUGUCAACGACAAAGGCAUUGAUGCUUCUGACAGCAUGGACUGGGCGAUCCCGCCUUUGGGGUUAUGUUGCUUCCAUCGCCGCAGAGCUGAAAUUGAACACUGCUGUGCUACAACUUGGUGAUAAUACCGUCCACCAGACAGAAGAGUCUGUCGAUCAUGCAAGGACCUGGUUAUCCUUGUGUUGUUUCGAUUUGGCGAUAAACCUCAAUCGUCCGUUCGUCAUCAACCGAAUGAGAGACUACUUACCUUACGUAAAGAACCUUCUCGUAUCGCCAUUUACGCGACCGGUUGAUCAUCGAAUAGCAGCUUAUGUUGAAAGCUUUGCCAUUGCGGCCGAUACUAAAGCUCAACUACAAACCACGAAACUGCACGUCACACCUCUUCCGCAAGAUGUCACAUCUCUUCUGGAUAACGCCAACGGAAAGAUAGAUAGGUGGUUUUACGACAUUAACAACACCAUCAAUCCUCUAUAUCAGACAUUUCAUGGACGACAAGAUCGAAAUCGUUUUCUCGUUCCGUACAGCUUCUUGAAAAUAUACAUCAACGGCUUUGCGUUGUAUGGCACCAUAUCGGACAGCAACCCUCCCGAUCUAAAACGACGGAAAUACCUUCAACAAGCUUUGGACAAUGCCAUUCUCGUGAUAAAGACACAAUACGACUCGCAUGCUCUCCGCAAAGGACUUCGAUACACUAUGGACUACAGCGGAAUUACUUCCUACUACGCGAUAAACUUUUUGUUCAAGGCUAUGAAUGCUGCUCAUCAUUAUUUAAAUUACUCAAUGGUUUUCCCGACACUGAAUCAAGCUGCGGAGAUGUUUGAGCAAGCUGGAGCUGUAGAAGCCGCCAUUGAUAUUCGCAGAGAGCAGGACAAGCUAGCGCUGCUAACUAAUACCGUGCUAUCCCCUGAGGUUCUGGAGCACGGGAACUUAGAUAAGGAUGCAAACGCCUUAUUUGACAUACCCAGUUUCUGGGAUGAGGCGAACUGGGAUGACGCAUUUCCUGAAAUGAAUGUUUAUACGCUGGACUAG